GUAAUUAGCAGGAACAAGAAACAUGGCUGACUCACAAACAGCAAAAUGGUAUAGGAUAGAUUUAGGAUUGCUGAGAGUAAAAAUCUUUUACUUCUUCACACUUGCUUCUAUUGGUGAUCUUCUACCAUUUAUGGCACUUUAUAUGAAGCAGAUUGGUAUGACAAAUUCACAGACUGGAAUAAUUUAUGGUCUUAUGCCAUUUAUUGGGUUUUUAGUCAGACCAUUAUUUGGAGCUUUAGCAGACAAAUUCCAGAAACACAAACUGAUUCUAUUUGUGUGUUGCAUUUUAACAGGUCUGUGCUUUAAUCUUAUGAUACUUGUGCCAUCAAAGCAAACUGAACAUACAAAAGUGACAACUGAAAUCAUGUGUAAUCAAGGAGAUUUAUUUAUUCGAGAUUGUUAUAAUAUCAACCAGAGUAUUAGCAUGACAGCAUGUCCCAUGUCAUUUCAUUCUUAUAUUACUAAAGCCAACGAGAUUAUAAGUGAGGAAUCUUUUGUUACAAAGGUAGCAAAUUCAAGCAGCAGUAAUACUGUGCCAUAUAUCAUCAGUACCAUGCCAAAAGAACAAAAUGUUGCCACAAAGUCUAAACUUUCAUGCGGUUUGCAUUGUACUUAUAAGGUAAUGUCAGACUCGCCUCAGAAAGUGUGUUUGACUGAUGCAACAGGCACAUAUGAUAGUGCUGAAUGCUACCUAGUGAAUUUAGAUAUUAGAAAAGGAGAAUCUUAUGUGAGUUUUCAAAUUCCAGAUCUUGGAUAUCUGUUAAACAAAGAAGUUUUAUCAAAUAAAAUUAAAACAGAUGACAAAAUUUGUAGGACUUUUUACUUAAAGGAUAUAGUGUACAAAGGUCAAGAGUACUGGCAAAUGUUGUGCAGUGAUGAUGCAUUUCUUGUGUGUGACCUUCAAUGUAGCCAUGUGGACACAUGUACUCAUAUUGUAGCAGAGGAUUUAAGCCAAACAUCAUUUUGGUUCUUUUUUGUACUGUUUUUAUUUGGAAAUGUAUUUUUUGCACCUAUAAUGAGUUUGGGAGAUGCCAUAUUAUAUGACAUACUUGGAGAAAAAAAUAGGCAUAAAUGGGGCAAACAGAGAUUAUGGGGAACAGUUGGAUUUACCGUGUUUGCUGUUGUUUCAGCUUUAAGCAUGGAUAUACUAAGUUCAAAAACCAAAAUGAACAAUUUCAGUAUAGCAUUUUAUUUGUUUAGUUCCUUAAACAUUGCAACAGCUUUGAUGUCAUGUAUCAUGAGAAUUUCAGACACCCUUAUGUGUGGGCAAAUGUUAAAAGGAACAAUGACUCUGCUACGUAGACCUAAAACUUUAGUAUUUCUUCUAGUUGUGUUUUACUUUGGAUCAUUAACAGGUGCAAUAGAGGCCUUUCUCUACUGGUUUUUGGAAGAUGAACUUGGAAACAAACUGAAAAUUAUUCCAGGGUUAUGUUUAUUGUUCUCUUGUAUAGCUGAAACACCGUUAUUGUACUUUGCAGGUUUUUUUAUAAAAAGAUUUGGACAUUUUAAAUGUUUAUAUGCUGUUUUCAUUGCAUAUGCUUUAAGGUUUAUGAUAUAUUCAUUCCUUGAAAAUGCAUGGUAUGUUUUACCAGUAGAAAUGUUAAAUGGUAUUACCUUUGGAAUCAUGUGGGCUGCUGCAACAUCAUAUGGCAGCAUACUUACACCUCCAGGAAUGUCGGGAACUAUCCAAGGACUGCUGAGUGGAGUCCAUUUUGGAUUUGGUAAAGGGGUUGGUAGUCUGGUGACUGGACAGUUGUACUCACAGAUUGGCAUAAGAUGGACAUUCCGUUUAUACGGAAUAUUAUCAAUUGUACUACUUAUCUUGUAUAUGCUGGUGAACAAGUUUGUGUUUACAGAUGAUGAUCUUGAUCAGGCGGUUGAGGAAACAGAAUUUAAAUUGGAGACUUUGUUUUGAUUUAGAUUUUAGUACCUCAGUCCCAUGGCUGAAUGACAGAAAAGCACUUUCACUUUUGAACAUACUUAACAUUUUAUUUGUGAUUUUUUUAUAUAUUUAUUGAUGUAAUAAAGACACCAGAAGAAUGAACAUUUUUGUGAUUAAAAACAUUUUUCUCCACUUUUGCUUCUAUCUUUCUGAUCCACAAUGUUAGCUGUGUAUCCAAAGUAUUGGACAGUAAAUCAAAAUUUUGGGGAAUAUUUUUGUAUUAACAACAAAGGGAAUAUACAGUACUUUAAUUUUAUUGUGCUGUAAAUUUUUAUUCCAUUUGUUGGCAGGAAACAAUCUAAAAUUUCUAGCUGACAAGUGCUUGUGUAAAGAUUCUGUAAAUAUAUAAUACAUUGCAUGUUAAACAGAUUUUUUAAGCUUUGUUGUUUCCCUAAAUAUAUAUACAUGUAUAUAUAUUAGCACUUUCUCAUGUCAAAAUGACUUCAAGAUAACUUUGACACACAGUAUAAUAAAAACUGUAAAUACUUGAUGUUAACAUAAAUAGCAAUUUUUUUAUUACAUAAUAUACCUUUCUUAAAUUGCCUGUUUAUAAAUUUAUUAAUUAUUAUGGAUUUGGCUAUAAUUUUUUAGGUUCUAUUUGGUUAUAUAGCUCUUCAACUGUUUUGGUUCUUAUACACACUUGGCUUUCAAAUAUUUGGCUUUGAGUGUUACUGAUGAAGGUAAAUCAAAGAAAGUGCUUCGCACACAUGAAUUUUUUAUAAAAUGUUGUUUUCAUUUUUUACAAAGAAUCUCAUUUUUAUGAAGACUUGGGUUUUAGCAUGUGAAAUGAUACUUUAGUAUAAGCUAGUUAAUUGUAACAGAUAAUGUAAUGGUUAGAUGACUUUUUUUAAGCAAUAUUCUAACUAAUUUAUGUCAGUACGUCGAAUAUUAUUUCUAAUGUCAAAUAUUAUUUCUUAUUUCAAAUAUUAAAAUGGAAAAUGACCAACUAUUAUAUGUUGAUGAAAUCUUUUUGUUUAUGAAAUGUAUUGAAACUUUUAUAAAACAAAUCGUGACAAAGUUGUAUAUGGUCAGUAUUAUCAAAAUGCAUGCAUUUAAUUUUUUAAUUAAACCUUUUUUUCUAAAAUAUAACAUCUAUGAAAAACAGGCAGAUAAUAUUUUAAUCUGUAAGUUUUGGAAGAUUUGUUUCUCAUUUGUACAUGAAUGGUAUGUAUUUUAUUGCAACAUUAAAAAUCCCUAUAUCAGUGUAUAUUUUACCAUCUUCCUUCCACAAUCUUUAAACCUCUUUUAAGAUUCUUCACUUUCGAGCAAAAACACUUUAUCAGUUGUAACACAUGUAUACUGCCUUGUGCACAUCUAUCCUCAUCUACUUUCAAACAAAUGGGCAUUAAGGAUGUACACCUCUGAGUAGCCAAAAAUUUCUAGAAUUAAACUUUUUUUUUCUUAACCUGAUUUUUGGGUUUAUAUGACUGUAAAAAAAUAAUUGGUGAAGAAAAAAUCAUAUGGUGGUUCACUUCUUUUUUUUGCUACGGCCCUUUGAAAGUACCCAAUUUUGAUGAUUUUCCCAUUUUUAUUCAUUAAUUUUUGCCUAUUGUUGGGCUAUUAUCGUGAAAAAAAUCACAGUUCCACAAUUAAACUUUUUUUCAUACUUUCAAUAAAGAUGAAGUGGACCAAUUUGAAUAAAUUUAACUUAAAAAAACUAUAGGUAGGUGUUAUUAUAAGAAAGUUUUAUCAUAUUUUGAUGCUUUUUGUGUCAAAUUAACCAUGCUGUCAGUUUUGUAAAUUUGUGAUUUUUCUCUGUUUUAAGAACAAAAUGCAUAUUAUUUCAAGUUCUUAGUUAUAAAUGAUUGAAAAAAUACAGAUCUAAGAAAUUUGAAAAGAAAAAAGUGAUAUGGGAUGUACAUGUUUCUGGUAAAAUCAUUUCUUGUACCCCUCACCCAUUUUCACAAAAUUUUGGCUAAAAAGACUGACUUGGUUGGUAAUAAAAUUUGAAAAAUUGAUUACUCUAAAACUACUCAUUGUAAAUACGCAAUUUUUCACAGAGUUAAUUUGAUUAUAACAUUUUUUAAAUUCAUUGAUAUUUUCCACUUGUUUCACAUGUUUUGGAAAUAAUUCCAGAACUAGAUUUCAACGAGACUGUUACGUCAGAAGAAUACAUCCUUAAUAUUUAGAUUGAACAUUAAAAAAAUCUCUUUAUUUGACCAUCUUUCCUACGCCAUCAAUAAACAUUCUUUUAGAUACAUCUGUUUCGAGCAAAUAAAAGUUAGUCAGAAGGAACAAAUGUAUACUAUACUAUACUGCCUUGUUCAUGCACAUCUAUCAUCAACUGCCUUCAAACAAAUGGGCAUUAAUUUUGUAGAUGAACAUUUUUUAAAAAUCCCUAUAUUUGACCAUCUUUCCAACACCAUCAUUAAACAUUCUACUUUUAGAUACCUCACUAUUUAGGUACAUUUCUUAAAGUACCUUUAAAUAGAUGAGCUUUUUAGAUUUUAUGUAAUGAAUGACUAAAGAAAAGGUCAAACAUCAGUAUUUGUGAAUAUGACAUAUUGUUUUAUAUUGUCCAUAUUGUUCAGUUUAUGGUAUUGUAAAGAUUAUCAUGGCAUGUUUGAUACACUACCCCUCAUCCUUUUAACACAGCCUAACACCAAUCAUAAGAUUCCCAAUUUCUCUCUCAAUUGCCUGUGUUGUUAUAUUUUUGAACAUAUUAUUUUCUCAGUUCAUUCAUGAUGGUAAAAGAGCUGUAAAUAAAAAAGUAGGGACUUUUUUUAUCAAGCUUGUGAGUCUAAGCAUUUUUUUUGUACCGAAAAUAAUAUGUUGUAAAGUAGGUUUCUGGAGCUUAAAGUUGAUUUUUUUACUUUGACAAACAUGGAAUUGUUUAGUAACAACAGCAAAUGAACCUGUUUUGCUUUGUUUAUAGGAAUAAUAAAAUUGUGAUUAAUAGACUUAAUUUAAUUUGUCCAAAAACUUUUUUCCACAAUUUUAAGUUUAAGGAGUGUAAUUCAUGUUGCAAUACUAUAGAAGCCAUGGUAUGGUGUUUUUAUUUGUUUAUUAGAUAGUCCUUUGUAUAUAUUAUAUUUUAAUGUCUUUUUUACAUUAUAGUCUUUUUAAUA